CGUCCGACCUCUGUCACGACUCUCGACAUGGCUCCCAUCGUCUCCUUCGGUUGUGCGCUCACUGUCCUCGCGGCUGGCGCAGCCACGGUCGUCGCGUCCCCGACGCUGACGCUUCCCCUUUCCCGGGGGGCGCCUGUCUCCGGAACCGUCAAGGCGCAAAACGCGAAACGCGAGGUCGCGCAUGUGCAGAACAAGUUACGCGCUGCCGAAGCGAACUGGAGGAGGAACCAGAAGCGGUCCCUGCCUGAACGCGAUAUCCAUCUCGAAAAGCGGGUCACGCCUUCCUCUGGCUCGGCAGACUUGACAGAGUUCUGGGUGGACUUUUUGGAUUCGUCCUACUAUGCCACGGUGUCUGUUGGAACGCCGGCGCAGUCUUUCAUGGUCGUAGCCGACUCCGGCAGUUCUGACUUUUGGUUGGCUUCUCCUGGAAGUAUCGGAGUGCCGAACGUAUUCGAUCCGUCCACUUCGACGACGUUCGAGGACUCGCUGAUUCCUAUCGAGAUUCCAUAUGGGAAGGGCACCUUCGACGGCACAAUCGGUACCGACACGGUCUCCUUGGCAGGUUUCACCACUGCGACCUCUAUCGUCGAAUAUGGUGUGGUUGAUGACGAGGCCUUCGAGUUCCGCCAGAUGAGCGGUAUUAUGGGCUUCGCGUGGUCCACCAUCGCGGCCUCCGGCUCAAUGACGUUUAUGGAGCAACUCGUCAAGGCAGGCGCGCUCAGCUCCAACGUUGUCAGCUUCCACCUUGGACGCGGAACCGAUGACCUCCAGCCGGAACAAGGCUUCCAGAACGGCACUAUCAAAGCUGGUUCCAUCACGAUCGGCGGUACGGACAGCUCCACUUACACCGGCGACAUUGAGUUCUUCGACAUCGUGCAGGCUGCCCACUGGGUCAUCCAGGCCGACGGCAUGUCCGUUGACGGCAAGUUGGUUUCAGCGACCUCCGGUGUGCAGGCGAUGAUGGACACCGGCACCUCGCUCGUCGUCAUGCCGAACGCGUCCUGGUCUGCGCUCGCCGACGCAUUGGAUGCUAAAGAGGACAACACCAGCGGCUUGCUCGUUGCCGACUGCUCGUCGGAGUUGCCCACCGUCGCCUUGCGCAUCGGCGGAAAGGACUACAACUUCGCCCCCGAAGAUCUCGCGCUAGGCGUCAUCCCCAUCAACUCCAGCGCUCUCGCUAAGGCUUACGACAUGAAGCAAGGCAGCAUCGCCUGCUUGCUUCCCUUCGCCGGCGGGCAGGAAAGCUCCGAGCUUGAUGAGACGGCACCGAUGAUCAUUUUCGGUGACUCGUUCCUGAAGUCCUGGACUUCCGUUUUCGACGUUGAGAACGCCAAGGUCGGGCUCGCGGCCGCCUCCCCAGCGUCGCCGUACACGAAGGUUUCGGACGCGGUCGACUUCAAGCUCAAGCAAGAAGGCCUGACUCGCGCAUCCGCGACCUCCACUGGCAAGGGCACUUCCUCCACCGGUAGCUCUAGCUCUUCGGCAGCCCGCAACCUGGACAGCAACGCAGUCGGAGCGCUCGCGUUGCUUGCGGCGCUCGGCAGCGUAUUCCUUACUCUUUAGUGAUUAGCUACCGAUGUAGCUUCGUGGGUUAUACUCGUUCAGGGGUUCUCAUGGGAUGACUUUUUACGCAAUGCUUGAACAAACUCAUUUGCACUGAACGCAAUGUAGUGUACAAUAACAAUCAACUCAUGACCCAAUCCUGC